UUUUAAAGAUAUUCAGGGCAUGCUAAUUUUGUCUCAAGAUACCAUGUGUGGCCACAACUUUAGUAACCUGGACACAUAGCUAUCUACUCGUUAAUUUAACCCACUUGGCCACAGAACAAGAUCCACUAAUUGGACAAGCCUGUAGUUGGUGAACCAUGUGCCCGCUGUCCCCCGGUGUGGCCGGUCACUCAUGUGUGUUUGCUCAUGCAUGUCGGACACAGGCCGGCGGUUUUUAAAAACGAACGUGCACGCCUCACUCGGCUACACUCGCGCGCAGAGUGUCUGAGUGCCCGUGCCUCGGUGCCUGUUGGUGACGGUUGGAACGAGGGAAGGGAAAAGCCAGGACCGUUUUUUAUACAGUCAACGUUUGACGGACAAAUACGCGUCUCUAAUCAUGGUGGGGCGGACAAGCAAUGAAACGCAAGAUUACGCAGGUGCUUCUGGUGCACCCUGUGCGUUCGGACGCAGGAGAGGAGCAGGCACCAUGCUGACAGAGCCUGCUAUCUUUGCCAAGGACACCAGCUGUGAGUGCCGCGCCCCUCAUGAGAAACUCUCCAUCGCUCAGGCCCGCAGAGGCACCCCAAUGGACCGUCCAGUGCGUGUAUAUGCAGAUGGAAUAUUUGAUCUGUUCCACUCUGGUCAUGCCAGAGCCCUGAUGCAGGCCAAGAACCUCUUCCCCAAUGCAUACCUCAUAGUGGGAGUGUGCAGUGAUGAGCUGACCCACAAGUACAAGGGUUUCACAGUGAUGACGGAGGAUGAGAGGUACGAGGCUCUGAGACACUGUCGCUAUGUGGACGAGGUGGUCCGAGACGCACCAUGGACGCUCACACAGGACUUCCUGGAGAAACACCAGAUCGAUUUUGUGGCUCAUGACGAUAUCCCGUACUCCUCAGCAGGAACUGAGGACGUCUACAAACACAUCAAGGAGGCAGGCAUGUUCGUGCCGACCCAGCGGACGGAGGGUAUCUCGACCUCUGACCUGAUCACUCGUAUCGUACGAGACUACGACCUCUACGCUAGACGCAACCUACAGCGAGGCUACACCGCUAAAGAGCUCAACGUCAGCUUCAUCAAUGAGAAGAAGUACCGCCUGCAGAACCAGGUGGACCGUAUGAAGGAGGCAACAUUUCUCCAACCUUCCUACAACCUUCCUACAACCUCCCUCCAACAGUCCUACAACCUUCCUCCACCCUCCGCCCAACCUUCCUCCACCCUCCGCCCAAGCUCCCUCCAACCUUCCUCUAAUCUUCCGUUCACCCCCAACCUCCCUCCAACCUGUUGAUCACAUCACUCCAUCAUUUUACGUCCUCCCUUUUCUCCAUCCUUUCUUUUAGUUUAUCUCAACUAGGGUGAACAUGAUAGGAGAUAUUGUAUAGCAAUCGACUGCAGUGUGACUUUUUGCAGUGUGGCAUCCAGUGAGCAGGUCUACACUGUUACAGAGCUCUCCAGAUAGAGACUGACUUCAUGGACAAACAGACACAGUUCUCUAUGCUUAUAGAAUAAUAUAAUAGACUGUGUCUGCUCUAUGCAUUCUGUUUCUACCUGCAUCAUUCUGUAACAUGGUGCCUGCUGACUGACUGUGCCCUUAGUGGAGACUUAACAGAGAAACACUCCCCUCUAGAGGAGUUGUAGUGUAGCUGCAUCCUUCCUGGGAGACGAGGAGAGAUGGCUACUUAAGACUAUUGAAAUGCACCCCGUUGCCAUAGCGACUGCAUAAAUGAAUGGAUGUUACAUCAUUUCAACAAUGGUAACACCAAGGAAUUCAGCUCCCUCCAACUCCCUCCCUCCCUCCAACAUUUCUCCAACCUCCUCCCAACCUUCCUCAACAUCUCUCCAACCUCCCCCCAACCUCCCUUUAACUUUCCUCCAACCUUCCUGCCUCCCUCCCUUCGAUUUUCCUCCAACCUCCCUCCAACUUCUUCCAACCUCCCUCCAACAUUUCCCCAAUCUUCCUGCCUCCCUCUCUCAUUCCUUCAACUUUCCUCCAACCUCUCUCCAACCUUCUACCAACCUCGCUCCCUCCAACAUUCCUCCAUCUUCUCCCAACCUCCAACCUUCCCCAACCUCCCUCCAACCUCCAUCCAACCUCCAUCCAACCUUCCUCAGGAGAAGAAGUACUGCCUUCAGAACCAGGUGGACCGUAUGAAGGAGAAGGUGAAGACGGUGGAGGAGAAGAGUAAACACUUUGUCUACCGCGUGGAGGAGAAGAGCCAUGACCUCAUACAGAAGUGGGAGGAGAAAU